AUGCGAUUUGAACUUAACAUAUUUUUUCUCCUGUCGAUGUUGUCCAUCGGCCGGAUAUCCGACUCGUCCAACGCUCCGGCGCCAAAUUAUCAUCCGCAGACGACGAACUCAGAUCGACCGGAGCUGGCAGACGGUUUGGCGGCCACGAAGAGUUCGGCGGUCGGAAGGAUUUCAAAAGUUUUGGACUGUUUGACGAAUCGGUUGGACGGAGGUGGCGAGACUUCGAGGCUUGGAUGUCAAGACGUGUUUUCGUCCGUUUGGAUUUCAGCAAGACGUGCGCUGCUCGGCGAUGACAACGAAAUUGAAGAGAGCAAAAAAUCAAAGAAAAAACCAUGGGACAUACAGACUUUAAUGCUCGGUGCAGGAGUGAAGCUGAUUUUGUUCCUGCCGGUAUUGGCAGUUCUGACGGGAAAAGCCAUUUCGUUGAGUCUGACGUCACUGUUGAUCACUUCUCUGGGUUUCCUCUACAGAAACCAACUGGACUCGUUUGCCAAACGCAGUGAUUCCUUGUGA